AAAUGAUUUCUGACGUGCAGCUGGCGAUCUUUGCCAACGUCCUGGGAGUGACAAUUUUCCUUCUCGUCAUCCUGUAUCAUUACAUCAAUGCCAACCAUGCAUUGCACCGCUGAAGCUGGAAAUUCAACAAUGAAAAUGUGUUUCUCAUAAUUUGUAUAAAUGAAUUGUAUGUUUUGCAUUCCGGUGAACCGUAAAUAAACCAUCUAAAAUGUUAUAAUACAA